AUGGAGGACGGCGUGCUCAAGGAGGGUUUCCUCGUCAAGAGGUCUGGCUACCUGUGCUGUGGGACACCUCUCCCUGAACACAGUGUCGUCCCCUCAGCCAUCUCACCACAGGGCUGUGCUGUCCAUCCUCAGGGUCACAUUGUCCACAACUGGAAAGCACGAUGGUUCAUCCUCCGGCAGAACACGCUACUGUACUACAAGCUCCAGGGGGGUCGGAAGGUGACCCCUCCCAAGGGCCGGAUCCUUCUGGAUGGCUGCACCAUCACCUGCCCCUGCCUGGAGUAUGAAAAUCGACCCCUUCUCAUUAAGUUGAAGACUCAAACAUCCACUGAGUACUUCCUGGAAGCCUGUUCUCGAGAGGAGAGGGACGCCUGGGCCUUUGAGAUAACAGGGGCUAUUCACGCUGGGCAGCCGGGGAAAGUCCAGCAACUCCACAUAUUGAAGAACUCCUUCAAGCUGCCCCCUCACAUCAGUCUGCAUCGCAUUGUGGACAAGAUGCACGACAGCAGCAGCGGAAUCCGGCCAAGCCCCAACAUGGAACAGGGAAGCACCUACAAAAAGACCUUCAUAGGCUCCUCCCUAGUGGACUGGCUCAUCUCCAACAGCUUUUCUGCUAACCGUCUGGAGGCUGUGACCCUGGCCUCCAUGCUCAUGGAAGAGAAUUUCCUUAAGCCAGUAGGCGUCCGAAGCAUGGGAGCCAUUCGCUCUGGAGACCUGGCCGAGCAGUUCCUGGAUGACUCCACGGCCCUGUACACUUUCGCUGAGAGCUACAAGAAGAAGAUAAGCUCCAAGGAAGAAAUUAGCCUCAGCACUGUGGAGUUGAGUGGCACAGUGGUAAAACAAGGCUAUCUGGCCAAGCAGGGACACAAAAGGAAAAACUGGAAGGUGCGGCGCUUUGUUCUGAGGAAGGAUCCGGCUUUUCUGCAUUACUAUGACCCUUCCAAAGAAGAGAACCGGCCAGUGGGUGGGUUUUCUCUUCGUGGUUCCCUCGUGUCUGCUCUGGAGGAUAACGGCGUUCCCACUGGGGUUAAAGGAAAUGUCCAGGGGAAUCUCUUCAAAGUGAUUACCAAGGAUGACACACACUAUUACAUCCAGGCCAGCAGCAAGGCUGAGCGAGCUGAGUGGAUUGAAGCUAUCAAAAAGCUAACGUGACAAGGGAGCGUGUUCCUGAAGGAACAGGACAAGGUUUCCUCCCUCCUACCGGAUGGUACAGACAAGAUUUCCUGGAGAAUGG